CACGCGCCCAGUCUGUGUUUUCCCUGGGCUGACUGCGCGUCACGUGACAGGACGAGGUGGCCGCUGGCUGGACUGCUUUUUCCCGUCGGUGUGGAAGGAAGAAGCGGAACGGUGCGGGUUCUCGCGGACAGGAAGCACGGCGCUGGUUAUGGAGUGUGGCGAGCGGAGCGGCGCCCGGGUCUGAUCAGCAGCGCGGACACGGCGGCUCGCGGGAGCCAAGCGGACUCCCCCGGGGAUGGUCUCUGGGGGUCGGUGAUCCGCCCCGGGGGCAGCAAAGCGGAGAGCGGCCUGGGAGGUCAGGCUUUACACGGGAGCCCCGGGCAGUGUUGGUGGAGGAUGUCAGGCCGCCGCUGUGCCGGGGCUUCGGGUUCUGCCCAUGGAGAUAUCACAACCGGAGGAGAGCCAGAACGGGAACUGUUCGAGGCCUGCCGGAACGGGGAUGUGGAGAGGGUGAGGAAGCUGGUCAAUGCCGACAAUGUCAACAGCCGGGACACUGCGGGCAGGAAAUCUACCCCGCUUCACUUCGCUGCAGGAUUUGGCCGGAAAGAUGUUGUGGAACAUUUACUGCAGACUGGUGCCAAUGUCCAUGCCCGUGAUGAUGGUGGCCUCAUCCCUCUCCACAAUGCCUGCUCUUUUGGUCAUGCUGAAGUUGUCAAUCUCCUGCUGAGACAUGGUGCCGACCCUAAUGCCCGUGACAAUUGGAAUUAUACUCCUCUCCAUGAAGCCGCUAUAAAGGGCAAAAUAGAUGUCUGCAUAGUUCUUCUUCAGCAUGGUGCAGAUCCAACUAUUCGUAACACAGACAACCGGACAGCUUUAGAUUUGUCUGAUCCAUCGGCUAAAGCAGUGCUGACAGGGGAAUACAAGAAGGAUGAACUUUUGGAAAGUGCUCGCAGUGGAAAUGAAGAAAAGAUGAUGGCAUUGCUCACUCCACUUAAUGUCAACUCCCAUGCAAGUGAUGGAAGAAAGUCAACCCCUCUUCACCUAGCUGCAGGCUAUAACCGUGUGAAAAUUGUACAGCUGUUACUUCAGCAAGGAGCAGAUGUUCAUGCCAAGGAUAAAGGUGAUUUGGUGCCACUUCACAAUGCCUGCUCAUAUGGCCACUAUGAAGUAACAGAGUCGCUUGUAAAGCAUGGUGCCUGUGUCAAUGCAAUGGAUCUCUGGCAAUUCACCCCUCUUCAUGAAGCGGCAUCUAAGAAUCGUGUUGAGGUAUGCUCCCUCUUGCUUAGUUAUGGAGCAGAUCCCAACAUGCUCAACUGCCAUAACAAGUGUGCAAUAGAUCUGGCCCCAACACCGCAGCUUAAGGAACAAUUGGCAUAUGAAUUUAAAGGUCAUUCAUUGCUGCUGGCAGCAAGAGAAGCAGAUGUAGCACGUGUGAAAAAGCACCUGUCACUGGAAAUAGUCAACUUCAAACAUCCUCAAACUCACGAGACCGCCUUGCAUUUUGCUGGCACAUCGCCGUACCCCAAGCGAAAACAAGUGUGUGAGCUGCUUCUAAGAAAAGGAGCAAACGUCAACGAAAAGACCAAAGACUUUUUGACCCCACUGCAUGUUGCAGCUGAUAAAGGCCAUAAUGAUGUUGUAGAGGUGUUGCUGAAGCAUGAAGCCAAGGUCAAUGCUUUGGAUAACUUAGGACAGACCUGUCUCCAUCGUGCUGCUCAUUGUGGUCAAUUGCAAACCUGCCGGAUUUUGUUAAACUCAGGUUGUGACCCGGCAAUUCUAUCGCUUCAGGGUUUUACUGCUCUUCAAAUGGGGAAUGAAAGUGUACAGCAGCUUCUUCAGGAAGGCUUACCGCUUAGUAACUCUGACACUGACUGCCAAUUGCUGGAGGCUGCAAAAGCUGGAGACCUAGAUAUCGUCAAAAAACUGUGUAACUCACAAACUGUAAACUGUAGGGAUAUAGAAGGCCGUCAGUCCACACCCUUACAUUUUGCUGCAGGGUACAAUCGGGUCGCUGUGGUGGAAUAUCUUUUGCAACAUGGAGCAGAUGUCCAUGCUAAAGAUAAAGGCGGCUUGGUUCCAUUACACAAUGCGUGUUCCUAUGGACACUAUGAAGUAACAGAGCUGCUUGUCAAGCAUGGAGCAGUGGUUAAUGUAUCCGAUUUAUGGAAAUUCUCACCUUUACAUGAAGCUGCAGCAAAAGGGAAAUAUGAGAUUUGCAAGCUUCUCCUACAGCAUGGAGCUGAUUCAACAAAAAAGAAUAGAGAUGGAAAUACACCAUUGGACCUGGUUAAAGAUGGAGAUACAGACAUUCAGGAUCUCCUCCGUGGAGAUGCAGCCUUGUUGGAUGCUGCCAAGAGAGGCUGUGCAGCUCGAGUGAAAAAACUUUGCACAGCUGAAAAUGUCAAUUGUAGAGAUACACAAGGCAGACAUUCUACCCCGUUACAUUUAGCAGCUGGUUACAACAACUUGGAAGUUGUGGAGUACCUGUUACAACAUGGCGCUGAUGUAAAUGCACAAGAUAAAGGGGGACUUAUUCCACUGCACAAUGCAGCAUCAUAUGGGCAUGUGGAUGUGGCUGCUUUACUUAUUAAAUUCAAUGCUUGUGUGAAUGCCACUGAUAAAUGGGCUUUUACCCCACUGCAUGAAGCUUCUCAGAAAGGAAGAACACAGCUUUGUGCAUUGCUUCUGGCACAUGGUGCCGAUCCUACACUGAAAAAUCAGGAGGGGCAGACCUCCUUAGAUCUUGUUACAGCUGAUGAUGUACGUGCACUUCUAGGAGCAGCUAUGCCUCCUGCAUCUUUACCAGCAUUUUAUAAGCCGCAGCUUAUCAAAGUUUCCCAGCCCACAUCAACAACAACAGGAGUCUUGUCUUCAGUAUCCUCAAGUCCACCCACUCUUUCUGCUGCCAGCAGCUUGGAUAGCUUGGCCACCAGCUUUUCUGAAUCGCAGUCCACAGCUAGCGGUGGAGCUGAGGGCACUGUAGCUUUGGAGAAGGAUGAAGUUCCAGGAGUUGCUCUAAGCAUUAAUCAUUUUUUGCGGAACCUUGGACUUGAACACGUGAUUGAAAUCUUUGAGAGAGAACAGAUCACUCUAGAUGUUCUAAUUGAGAUGGGACACAAGGAGUUCAAGGAGAUUGGAAUUAAUGCUUAUGGGCACAGGCAUAAAAUAAUCAAAGGUGUGGAACGGCUCGUAUCAGGCCAGCAAGGUUUGAACUCUUACUUGACGCUUAACAACUCUGGCAGCGGAACUAUAUUGAUUGACCUAGCUCCAGAUGACAAAGAAUUCCUGUCUGUAGAAGAAGAGAUGCAAAGUACUGUCAGAGAGCACAGGGAUGGAGGACAUGCUGGCGGAGUCUUCAACAAAUACAAUAUAUCAAAGAUUCAAAAGGUAUGCAAUAAGAAACUUUGGGAGAGAUACACACACCGGCGAAAAGAGGUUACAGAGGAAAAUCAUAAUCAUGCAAAUGAAAGGAUGCUAUUUCAUGGUUCUCCAUUUGUAAACGCAAUAAUUCACAAAGGGUUUGACGAAAGACAUGCUUACAUUGGUGGGAUGUUUGGAGCUGGUAUAUAUUUUGCCGAAAACUCUUCAAAAAGUAACCAAUAUGUCUAUGGGAUAGGAGGUGGAACGGGCUGUCCGGUGCACAAAGACAGAUCUUGUUACGCUUGUCACAGACAGUUGCUGUUUUGUCGCGUGACAUUGGGAAAAUCAUUCUUGCAGUUCAGUGCUAUGAAGAUGGCACACUCUCCUCCUGGUCAUCAUUCAGUAACUGGGCGGCCUAGUGUUAACGGUCUUGCUCUAGCAGAGUAUGUCAUCUACCGGGGAGAGCAGGCCUACCCAGAAUACAUAAUAACAUAUCAAAUAGUGAAGCCUGACACUGCAGCAGAAGGAUAAGUACAAAGCCCUGGAGCAGCCGGACUUCCAUGUGGAACCAGAAUGUUUGUUUGUGAUGGCCAAUCGGAAAGACCUAAAUAAACAAUGUGAAUACAUUGUGAUAUUUUCAGAGACUAAAGCUUUAAAAAUGUUUAGUGUAUUUCCUAAACAUUCACAAAAUACUUUAUCAGCACUUUAACAGACACCAUUCUUGAUAUAAAAAUGGGUUUGUCUAUAUUUAACUCUACACAAAGAAACCUAUUUCGUUAACUUGAAUUUUAAAUCCUGUCUUUUUUCUUUUCCUUUUUUGUUUUAAUACAACAAAUUUAAGCAACUAACUGCAUUCAUUAUAAUUCCUGUAAAAAAAAAAAGAAGCAAACUCGCAUUACUGAGACUGUGUCUUUUAUAACACAAAUCUUUACACUGAAUACAGUUAGUUUGUAAAACUGUAAAUAAGAGCUUUUGUACUGGCCUUGUAUUUAUUUACAUUGCUUUGUAAUAUAGUCUUUUGAAAUGGCAAUCUUGUACAAAAAAAUAAACGUGUAUGUAAUUUUAUGGGAUUGAAGCUUUGAGUACCACGUGCUGGCCGUAAUGUAUUAAGGGCAAGGGCAGAUUCAUUCAUUUCAGAUACGACUUGACCCUGACAAAAUGUACUUGAUGUUUCAUAUGUGAUCUUUUGGUAUAAAAGUACACCAUAAAGCAAGACUGGUAUCAAUUUUUAACUUCAGCACAUCAAUCAAAUCUAACUUUCUUUUUUUUUUUUAUUGAGCCUUUUAAAAACUUAAAACUACCAGCAGAUAUUGUCUGUUUUAUCCCUCUUAUGGUGGCGAGUAUAAGGAACAUGUGUCAACAGGCUUUGUUUGCUGCAGACAAAUUCUUAUACAAGAUUUGGGAUUGUGAAAAAGGUUAUGGAGGUCAAAUGCACCUGUCAGAUUCUAAUCUCUGAAGUGUACGAUUAUGAUCCUAUCUUCAUAAGCCCAAAGCUGUUCCAGGACCUUUUGACGUACAAAUAGGAAUUUUUAUAAGAGCCAUACAACCUGAAUAUACGUUGUUCUUUAAAACCCACUUCUACAACAGCAAGUAUACAAAUAAAUUGAUUAGUUGUGGCUUGUCCUAUCGAGGCAUUUUCUGCUGGCAUCCACCAUAUGUUACUGGGAACCCACAGAUAGGUAAUUAUUGUUCAAGCAGCAAUAAAAAGGAUAGGGGCAUGGCUAGGAUCUCACUAGAUUUCUGCCUGAAGGAGGAAUAUUUGUAAUUGACAUAGGGAAGAAUAGUGGACCUUUUCAUUUCCAAUAAACCCAAAAUCUACCGCAUUCAAAAUAAUGUGUUUUUAAUGCAUCUAAAAGUCCAAAUUAACCCUAGAUUUGGCCAUACUGUCUUCUUUUGUUUAGCUUGUUAAAGGCCCUCUGCUGAGCUGUUGUAUUAUGACAACUGCUGCCAGAGGUUGUCAGAAUUCCCAAACAGCAGCUUCAUCUGAUUGGAUGCUUCUGCUAUCUGCAAAAAAAAGGAGCAGCAGGCUCCUUUUGCCAAUUGUUGAUUGACUUUUCCUGAAUGGAGCUGCCAGGGCCAACCACUGAGUUUUUUUUUUU